AUCUAAUUUCUAAUAAGAACAAAUGUGUUUAUGAACAUUACUGACUACAUUACUAUUCAGGAACUGACACAUGGUGUUAAAUGGAAGAGCAAAAAUAAAUCUUGCUAAAAAAAAAACAUACAUAUUUAUCAUUAUGUAUCGUAUAUUGAGGACAAAACCUUUGGGUAUUCAUUUUCAAAUGGAGAAAAAAAGAAAGUUAUAUUAAAAUUCUAACUCUGAGGGUACCGUUUCCAGCCAUCUAUAUGUGCUGCAAUCAUAGAUUUUCCAUGGUGGGCCUGAGGUGAUCUAGACCCUCAUUUGUGAAAGGUCCUCCAUGGGCCCCUUAAUUCAAAUUACCAGAUACACCACUGACAUGGCUGAAUUUACAUCCCUAAAACUAUCUACCCUUAAAAAUAAUUUGUAUAUCUUUAGCUUUAUUAACUUUCAAUUGAAAAAUUAAAAUUAAAAAAAAAAAAAAAUCAUAAAAGAAAAAUUACCCAUCAUAAGGUCUUUAAGACAAAUAAAUUGGCUGGUAAUCAAGUUGAGGAUUUCUAUAGUAAAAAGUCUUUUUAUCAUUUUAUCAUUAGAAAUUAAUAAGUGACGUCAUGUUGUAAAUUCUCUUUUUUUAGGAUUUUCUUUAUUUUACCUUCAAAAUGGAGAUAGAAAAAGCUAUGUAUUUACUUUAUAUUAUAUGAUAAUAAAGUGCAGAUAGUUUAAGAUGUAUAAACAUCGGAUUUCGAAAGCAUGCAUGAUUAUAUCAACUGAGAUUAAAAACAAUUCAAUCACAAAUUGAGCACCGCAAUAUUAUCUUAAGUGCACUUUUACUUUUACCAAUGUUACCUUUACAGGAUACUGUAUGGAUUGAAAAGUAAACACUUCCUAAGAAAUUAGUAGCAUUUCCAUUUACCAAAAAGGAAAUCUAGCAUUAGAAAAACUGCUGAUCACUGUAGGUUCAGCCUUGACGCAGCCUACAGAAGUACCACAUAAUCAUUGAGAAAAUAGAAGGCCUUAAGCAGGCCAGAGUACCACGUAAAAAAUCCAAGUGAAUUUUGUAUCUUUGCAGAGAAAAAGACUUUUGCUAGUAAAUCUAUGAUAUAAAGUUUUAUGAUUGAAGAGAUAAUAAGUGUGACCAUCAUACUCCUACGCCUGUAACUACUAUACCAAGAUUUGAUUACCAGCAUCUAAAACGAUAUUACAGUACAGAGAGAUAUCUAUGACACACUUACAAGCAGUAGGUAAUUGACACAGAACUGCUGAUAACAAAACUAUAUAAACGCACCAUAAUGACUCAGCAAGCAAUGUGCUUUGACACCUUCAUCAGAAUAUGUCAGUGUCCAAGUUUGCCAAAUUUAAAGGUUCCGGAGCUGCCUGAAUUACCAUCAUUAUCUACAACAAUAACUAAUGUUCUCCCAGAAAUAAAACCUAAUAUAGAAGAAGCAGACACUUAUCAGGAUGAUGAUGGUACAGCAAAUGUGAAAAUAAUAAUAGUAUGCGUCAUAGCAGCUAUUUUUGGGAUCAUCUCUAUGGUUAUCGUAGUUGGGUUAAUUUACACAAAGUGUAUUAAGAAAAGUGACGAUCAUACGAUACCACAACCCAACAACUCACCUAACGAAACAUAGGGAGUGCCGUCAAAGGAUAUUAAAGAAUUUAUUUAAAAAGGUUGAAACUUGGGCUUCGGUAUUCCUAAAUUGUUAAAUUUAUUUAACGAUGAAACUAGAAAGAAAGGGGCCUACAAGAGCAAGAAUUAAUGAUGAUCAUCAUGAGGAAUUGAUUAUCGCAAAGUAGGUCAGAGAUCAGUGCUGGAUGCGAAGGGUAGGAGUGGCUUAAUGAAGUGGUGAGCAGUUGGUGCUACAAACAUAAACAAAAACACCGCCUACCGGUAAACUUACUGUAGGGAGUGGCAGCAAAGGAAGUCAUAACCGCAAGUAAAGUUCAGAGGGAGGAAGACAUGAUAUUUGAACGGACAUGUCAGCCUUAUUUUUCAACAACCUAUUUGAAAGUAACCAAGAUUAUGGAUUUGACGGUACCAACGAUUAUGGACUAAUACAGCGUUUAUUGGGCAAUAUUUAUAAAAAAAAAAACCCCAUUAAUUUACUACUGCGCAUAAAAGAAAUAUUGUACAAUUUUUAAGAAAGGCUCAGUCAGAGGGAGGAAGACAAAAUAUUAGAUAGGAUAUGUCAGAAUUAUUUUUCAACAAUCUACUUCAAUUUAAUUCAGUUUACUACCAUGCAUAAAAGCAAUAUUGUACAAUUUUUAAGCAGAGUGUUUUUAAUAAUUCAUUUUAUUCCAUUUAAUUAUUUUAACAUCAAAAUAAUAAAAAUAAUAAUAAAAAAAUGAAAUCAAGUUUUUUAAAUAAAAAUCACAAUGGCUUAUAAAU